AUGGAUAUCGAGCAAUUCCGCAAAGCUGGCUAUCAGGCAAUCGAUCGGAUUUGCGACUACCAUUAUUCAUUGCGGAACAAACCGGUAGUAGCUAAUGUCCAGCCUGGUUAUCUCAAACCUCUGAUACCCUCGGCUCCCCCCGAUGCUGGAGAGGAUUUCCAGACUAUUGCUGACGAUUAUCAAAGGCUCAUCGUACCCGGUCUCACGCAUUGGCAACAUCCUUCAUUUUUUGCAUAUUUUCCAACGGCAUGCACAUUUGAAGGUAUUCUUGGUGACCUUUAUUCAUCCAGCGUUAGUAAUCCCGGUUUCAAUUGGGCUUCAAGUCCCGCAUGCAGUGAAUUAGAAGUCAUCGUUAUGGAUUGGGCAGCAAAGCUUCUUGGCCUCGCUUCUGGUUUCAUGAAUGAAUCUGGAAUCGGCGGCGGAGCAAUCCAAUCGUCUGCAUCGGACUCAGCGAUGAUUGCUAUCGUGGCCGCGCGUGCGUCUUACAAACGAGAGUAUCCAGAUACAAAGCUCGAGGAACUCGUCAUCUAUACAACAUCGCAAACUCAUUCUCUUGGUGUAAAGGCUGGAAUGGUUUUAGGAUUGUCUGUACGUAUAUUAGAUGUCAAAUCCGAGGACAACUAUUCCUUGAGAGGUGACACUCUCAGGUCUGCCUUGGAAGAGGACAGGAGGGCUGGUAAAAAACCCUUUAUUAGACAAGUUGGUAAGUCUAUGAAAUACGAACAUGAAGGAAUGGAUCAUCCUUAUCUUCGUGUUCACGUCGAUGCUGCUUGGGCCGGAGUCGCAUUUAGCUGUCCUGAGUAUAGAAAAAUCGGCUAUCUAGAUGAAAUCAACGAGUUCGCAGACUCUUUUUGUACCAAUUUCCACAAGGUCCUUCAAAGCUUGAAAUUCCUCACGGAAGCGUUAGACAUAACUCCACCAUUUCUCAGAACGAAGCAAGGCGAUGCUGGUCGAACACUGGCCAUCGAUUACCGAAACUGGCACUUGGGACUUGGUCGAAGAUUUCGGUCCCUCAAGUUUUGGUUUGUCUUGCGCAGUUUUGGCGUGCAAGGUUUCCAACAGCAUAUCCGAAAGUCAAUCAGUCUCAAUAAUCUCUUCGUCAGUUUAGUAAAACAAUCUGAUAUCAUCAAGAUUGUCACUCCACCUUCUUUCGGACUGACUGUAUUCCGACUGGACCCCCCUUCUCACAUACUGCAACAGACAACUGAGUCCUUGAACACGCUCAAUAUGUCAUUUUUCAGUCGUAUAUCGGCUCGCGACGAUAUCUGUCUCACACAGACAUGGCUGAAUAGAGUAGUUUGCAUACGUUUUGCUGUUGGUGCGGUGCUGACGAGCGAGAGAGACAUACAGAAGGCUUUUCGACACCAUUUUGAAGGAAGCGACCGGGGCGAUUGAUACUGUGGGCAGAGAAGUCGAAAAAAUCUUCAUCAUAAUGUCCUCUGUUAUUAAAUGUAAACUGCACUGAAUUAUCUGAGUUUGGAACAGAUAAUUAUUCAGUCUGACGACUUGCUCAAAUUUACCUUGGUCAGUUAAAAAUAACCAAAUUUGGCGGUAACAAGCUGGGACAUAGCGAUGGUAUCACACACCAUUAGCUUGAGCCUCAAGGAGAGAGGGAGAUGGCGGAUGAACUUAGCAUGCUGCAAAUACUUCCUCAGCUGUCGUAGUUACUAGUAACACUUUGACCACAAG